UCAGAUCUCAUCCAUGUGGCCCGUGCAACCGGCUGCCCGCCGGGACUUGAAUUACGCGAUUGGUGCGAGGCGGCUCCACUUCUUCCCCAACUCCAACGACAGCCCCGGUGGAGCUUCGAGAGCCGUCCCGUAAGCCGAACAACCCGCCGCCACAGCCCGCAACUCCAGCUUUUAGCUUCUAGCAUCAAAGCUUGCUUUGUAUAGCUUUUUUCUUUGGCGUAAAGAUUACGGACAACACCAGACACAAUGGACUACGUUCAACAGAGAGUGGCCCAAGAGGCAGCCAAGGCAGAGGGCGCUUCAGCCAGCUCCUCCUUCUUCACCCCCCUCAACAUCAUCGUCCUCCUCUUUGUUCUCUAUGCGACCUACAGCUUCCUUAGGCCAACCCCUCCCCCCGCUCUCCCCAAGGAGGAACCAGCAGUCGUCUUCAAGACAUUCACCCCACGAACACUUCUACCGUACAAUGGCGAGAACAACAUGCCCGUCUAUCUCGCUGUGAAGGGCCGUGUUUUCGACGUGACUCGCGGACGGAACUUUUAUGGUCCUGGCGGCCCCUAUGCCAACUUUGCUGGCCGCGAUGCCUCCCGUGGGUUGGCCAAGGGUAGCUUUGACGAGGAUAUGCUGACCAAGGAUCUGGAUGGGCCGCUGGAUACACUUGCCGAUCUGGAUCAGGAGGAACUGGACGCUAUGACUGGGUGGGAAGAGAGAUUUUUGGAGAAGUACCUGGUUGUUGGAAAGCUGGUUGCUGUUGGGGAAGAGGAGAAGGAGGAGUAGGUGCGGGAAAGGAGUAGGGUACGAAGUUGUAGGAAAGCAUGGUCUGGUGCGGUUGAUGUUUUCUUAGGUAUAAACCCUUGAUCUAUUUCGGGAUGGUGUCCUUUCUGGUAGAAUUCUAAAUGCAACUUGUCUUCUCGGGAGCACUG